AUGAGCUUAACGUACGGGGUUGCGGGGAUAACAACCCUCCUGACAGUGGUGGGAGCUUACAUGCUUUUUACUGGAAACGGUGAAGCAUUCAAUGUCGGCGCCUUUCUCGAAUCCGUUUCCCCAUACGCGUGGGCAGACACAGGCAUUGCCCUCUGUAUCGGCCUUUCAGUAGUAGGAGCAGCAUGGGGUAUCUUUAUCACCGGUUCCUCCAUCCUGGGUGGUGGUGUCAAGGCCCCCCGAAUCCGAACCAAGAACUUGAUCUCGAUUAUCUUCUGUGAGGUCGUCGCCAUUUACGGCGUCAUUAUGGCCAUCGUCUUCUCCGCCAAGCUCGCCCCCGUCGAGGGCGCGGAUGUAUACUCUGGCAGCACCUACUUUACGGGUUAUGCGCUCUUCUGGGCUGGUCUGACUGUCGGCAUGUGCAACCUUGUUUGCGGUGUUGCUGUUGGUAUCAACGGUAGCGGUGCUGCUCUUGCCGAUGCUGCCGAUCCCACUCUCUUCGUCAAGAUCCUCGUCAUCGAGAUUUUCAGCUCCGUUCUUGGACUCUUCGGGCUCAUCAUUGGACUUCUCGUUGCCGGUAAGGCUGAGGAUUUCGGAAUGCACUCCUGA